AUGGAGGCGAAAUUGAAGUAUUCCCAGAUCCGAUUUCAUAUAAAACCUCAAUCUUUGCAAAGGGUAUUACCGUCCGUAGGUGCUUUCACUGCUCAAUGUGCUAACUGUUUUAAAUGGAGACUUAUCCCAAGCCUGGAGAAAUAUCAAGAAAUCCGGGAACAUAUUACCAAAAAGCCCUUUGUGUGUGAAAAUGCUCAUGAGUGGCGUGCUGAUGUGUCAUGUAAUGAUCCUGCUGAUAUUGAACAAGAUGGAAGCAGACUUUGGGCUAUUGACAAGCCCAACAUUGCUCAGCCUCCGCCAGGGUGGCAGAGGGAGUUGAGAAUCAGAGGUGAAGGAAGCACAAAGUUUGCUGAUGUAUAUUAUACAUCCCCAACAGGUGUUACACUGCGUUCAAUACCAGAUAUAGAAAAGUUCUUGUUUAAACAUCCAGAAUACAUGGAACAAGGGGUUACAAUAUCACAGUUUUCAUUUCAGAUUCCUAAACCAUUACAGGAGAAUUAUGUAAGAAAACGUCCUUCACGUGCAGCAUCAGUAGCUUUGCAAGAUGAUAAUCCGUAUCUUGAACCUUCCCCAGGUAAACCGAUGUCAUUACUAGGUCCAGAGCAGAACACAAGUUUAGAGCUUGAUUUGCUUCCAUAUCCGCCUGUAAAGAAGGCAAGGAGUGCACCAGGAAAACGGAUACACAAUUUCGACUUGAUGUUUAGACUGGUAGCAAACUUUGAGCUCCGAAAGCGGGUUCUUUUUUAG